GUAAGUUUUUCCCUUCGGUUUCGCGGAGAGUGUAUCUAAAAAAUAUUUCGGGAAACGGCGGUGUUAACAAUGUCUUAAAUUGUAGUGAUUUAAUUGUUAAAGAAAUAGUUAGUUUAUAGUGUAUUAUAUAAUGUAAAACACGCGAUUGUACAUAAAAGAUUCGAAUAAAAAGAAACAGCAAACCAACAAGCCCUUCACAAAAAUUUUAGAAGUCAUUUAAAUAAAUGGGCCAAAAAUAUCUAUACUUAUUAGAAUUAGAGUGUGGAUAUGUCUAUCCGACUAUAAAUUUAAAUUUAAAACAUGUUUAAUUCAAUUAUUUAGUAAAUACCAAAAAACUCAAGGGUCUGGUACCAACAUUAACAAGUAACAACUAUGCACUAUUUAGCAUGCAAAGACUCUAUGAUACAAAAUCAUUCUAAUUACCGAAGACGAACUUAGAACGUUACAACGAAAAACCAAAAUAUAUAUUGCGAUUUUUAGUAUAUUUAGAAAAGUUUGUACAUAUAGAAAAUUACCAAUCAUAGCUUUCAAGGGUCAGCUUGCAAUGCUGCUCAUAAGCGCCCUAGCCCUAGGACUUGUCGAAACAACAAACUCAAAUAUCGGCAGUCAACUGGGUGGUGGCGGUAGCAGCUUUGCAAUAAAUGACAACAGUGGUGGAAGUAUUGUUGGCAAUUCCGAUUUUGUUGGCAUAAACAGUGAUGCUGUGAUAGGCGCUAUGCCCAGUAGUACUGGUGCUGGCACCCACAUGAAUAGUCUAGCUGGAGGCAGUAUUGGUCAAGGUAGCGGUACUUCAAUAGCACACACGACAUCAACGGUUGUUGGUAGCAGUGCUGCUAGCGGCACAAUAACUUGGGAUAACAAUGGAACUUUACGUUCUGCUAGUCCAGGCGAUUGGUCCAUAGAGCAGUGUCUCAACUGGGAACGACCGCACCAUUUGUACUUUCAACUAGGAAAUGCAUUUUUCUUUUUGGCAUUCCUUGCCCCACACGGUCCUUUUGGAAUGCUAUGGCUGAGAGCAUUAAUGGUUAUUGGAUGUAUACUAAUGGGAAUGUAUGGGUAUCUUAUAGUGUGUACACCAGAUAUUGUGUUAUGGUCAGGUCUGUUUCUUGCUGUCAAUUUUAUAUACCUAAUUGUAGUAUUAUGCCGCCUACGUCCUGUACGAUUCGACAAAGAGAUUGAGGCGGUUUACGCCUCACUCUUUAAACCGCUACGUGUCACAAGGCAUCAAUUUAAGAAGAUUUUAAAUUGUAUGAAACUGAUACGUUCCCUUAAAUAUCAGGAAGUUUAUGCUCAAGAAAAAGUCACUAAAGUGGACAGUCUAUCAUUAGUGCUAUCUGGCAAAUUAGUUGUUUCACAAAAUCAACGAGCAUUACAUAUAGUGUUUCCUCAUCAGUUCCUAGAUUCACCGGAAUGGUUUGGUGUUUCUACCGACGAUUAUUUUCAGGUAUCCAUAAUGGCUAUGGAAGAAUCGCGUGUGUUAAUUUGGCAUCGUGACAAGUUAAAGUUAUCCAUUAUGGCAGAACCAUUUCUGCAAUCAGUAUUCGAUCAUAUACUAGGACGAGAUGUAGUUAAGAAAUUGAUGCAAGUGACACAGGUUAGCGAGUCAAUUGCAAGCAACGGAUUUCUGCCUUCAGGUGGCUAUGACGAUGGCGAAGAUAAACCUAUGCUUAUAAUGAAGAAAAGUGUGGAGGGUCAUGGUUUAACAGCUUUAAUUAAUAGGCAAUUACAAGCUCUGCCAAGGAUUUCAAAGUAUUACGACUGCGCCGGCGAUCCAAACUCUUGGCGUUUGGGCAGAAUCGAUGAGACUGAUCACGAAACGGCCGUGUGAGUAGAAGAUCGGUGGAGAAGACGGGUGUAAAGGAGAGUAGAAAUGCGGUAGUUGAGAACAACGAACGCAUUUUUUUUGGCACUCUAGACUCAACGGACUUUUUUAAGUAGCGUUUAGACUUUAAUUUCGAGUAUUAAUAGGCAUUUAAAAAAAUUUACGUAUAUUUUCAAAUAAAAUAUUAUUAACAUUAUAUUCUGCUAUUUUGUGACUAUUAGAUACCA